GCCUCUCCGGCUCAGUCACUCGCUCUCCGCCUCCUGCCGGGGAAGAAGAUGCUGCGCUCGGAGACGACCCUCGUCUUGGCGGCGCUGCUCGCGCUGUUCUGGCCCGCGGGAGGCGACCCGGCGCCGCCGAAGGCAAUCGGGAAGGAGCAGCUGCACUUUCGGCUGCCGCUGCACCCUUACACCGCGCUGGCCCGCCGGCCCGCGCAGACGGCCCUCGACUUCUUCAACUACCUGCAGAGCUCGCCCAGCUCUCUGCGGAGUCUGGCGUACGUCAAGAAGGCGUCCGCCAAGGUAAGGCAGGGCAGGGAUCCUUGGGCCGAAUGGUCGAGGGGGACAGGGAAGCGCACUCUGCACAUGGGCAGAGGCGCGGCGCUUUGGAACGCCGCCGGGGGAAUCGUUCAAGGGGGCGUGGCUUAAGUAACAUGUGGGGUAAGCAUUUGUACCGGGAGUGGGGCCCAUGGGCGUGGGCAGGGAGGGGCGGCUGCCCCCCUAAAUCAAUUAAAUCAGUACAAAAUGCUUAACUGAGGUUCUGCCCCCCACCCACCCCCAAUCCUGGCCAAACCCAAGAGACGGGCUUUCUCCAAAAUCCACGCGCAGUGUCUGGAACAGAGCCUUCUGUGGUCCUUUGCAGAUGGAGUGGACUCUAUUCUACAAAAGCAGCUUCUGACUCCUUAAUAAGUGUGUCAAGUCCUUAAGGCGUCACAAGACAGCUUUUGCUGCAAAGCAGACUGAAAUGGUUCCCCCUAUGGAAAUCCUCUGUUAAUGCCCCCCCCCCCCCCGCAGAGCCAUUGUGUCUUUUGAGGUGGCAGAAAUGUAUAGUGGGCAGUUUGUGUGUGUCUGUCCAUUCUGGGGAAAGUUCCACCUGUAAAACUUCUGUCUGACUUGCUAGGAAAAAAGUUGGCAACUCUGCUUGCUCUAUGUACAGUACUAUGGAAUUUUCUUGUAAACAUAAGAAAAGGCAGACUGUCAUGCAAAAGUUUACCAUGUCGAUGAGCCCACUGGGUCCUGUCCAUGACGUCUGCACUCGAUUUGCAGUAAAAUGCUGCUUGGUGCAAGGUAGCAGGAAGACCCUCAAGCUAGUGAGAGUGGAACUGGAAAGUUUAAAGAAGUCUCGCCAUCACAGUUGGUCUCCAGGGCAACUUGUUUGCUCUGCCUGCUGGGAGUGUGACCAACAUGUGUGAUGCUCUGGCAUAAUGCAGGCUGUAGUGAUGGUCGCCAACUGUAUUCACAUUAAUGGCUUAUAAUGCAGCUAGAUUGUUCGUUUUUCUCCAUUUGGGUUAGAAUCCUGGAAUGUCAGAGAUCUAAUCCAACCCUUUGCAAUUCAGGAAUCUUCUGCCCACCAUGGGGCUUGAACCCUUGACCCUGAGAUUAAGAGUCUCAUUCUCUACUGAGUGAGCCAUCCCAACUGGCCUAGGGGAAAACUCGUCAAAACACAAUACUUCAUAAGAAACAAGAGGAUAGGUGCCCAGGGAGAUAUGGAUUGUGGCUAAUGCUGUGUGUACGCUGCUUCUGAAAUCAGCUGUGGGAGUACACUGGUUGCGGAGUAUAUGUGUGCAAUGCCUUGAAGGGCUUUAAAAGGGAUGCGGGAUAAGCUUAUACAUGGUUGAAAAUGGACACCAGUUGCUUCAGGACACAGCUGGGGAGAGUAAUGUUGCACUCAUGGCCUGCUUGCAAGCUUCCCAUAGAAGGGACUGUUCACCUAAAAACUCAGUGGUGUGAGCUUUGUUGCUCAACAGUGACAAGUUGCUAAUAUGCAGAAGGGAUGAGUGAUCUUUCUUGCUUUUCAUGCAUGUUUCUGUAUGUUAAUGACUUGUUGGGUAGCUAAAAUUGUAAGGUACUAGAAUCGAUGUAAAUGUGUAGAGGGUCUUUUUGCAAUAAAACUGGUUAUAACUUCAUCCAAGUGUUUAACAAUUGGGGCUGUUAAGUCUGGCCAUACAUCAUCACUGUGAUAUAAUGUGGACUUUCAGAAGGGUAAAACUACAAGUCUUAACCACAGUGUAACUUACAGUUUCCUAAAAAUGUAAACCUGGCAGCUAUAGAAUACACUAUGUGCAUUUCUAAUAGCUAUUUCAUAUAUUGUAGUGUCAACAUUUUUAAAUUAAAUGUUUUACAUUAAAAAAAAAAAGGGACUGUGAAGGCAGAAUGAAGGAUUAAAUAGAACUUUGGUCUGAACUAGCAGGACUCUUUAAGUUCUUGUGAUAGGAUGGGAACAGCUUGGGCUGAAACUGCACAUUUCCAGAGAACUGAUGACUCCUAGUACCCAGAUGUUGUUUUCAUUGGUAUUUUGAAUCAUGAGUUCACCAGAAAUUUGUACCCCCAACUCUGAGGAGUCAUUGGCAAAGCUGCUAGACUGCAAGUUUUAGCAUUGUUCCUGAAGAAUGUUUCCAAGAGGGCACUUGUGAACUAUUUAGAAAGACAAGGGGGCAGGGUCCUAAAAUUUCUGUUACACACAGCUGCUCCAGAUGGGAUGCUUUAUCCUGGUGUUGCCUUGGCAGUGAAAUAUUUCAGUGUCUGUGUUUGAUUUGAAGGAGCUACAGUUUUAUUUAGCAGACCUUAGUGGAAGCCGCUUCCUUAGUGCUAAGUUAUUAUGUCAAACAAUGAAUACUUAGCAAGAAAAUUGCUUAAUUCAAAUAACAUGAGUUUUCUAUGUUGAAAAUCUUGGUGACCUCCUUUUUCCAUUAUGCCGUAUUUUGCAAACACAAUGCUUGAUGUUGGAACUCUGUAAUCAUUUUUCAUUAGGGUGGAGGAGCCAUAACAUUUGAGGUUCGUAUACUACACUGUGGGAUGGAGAUCACAUAUUAUUCAGAAUUUGCACCCUGCUUUUUUCUUCUAAAGAAGGCCUAAAGCAGCUAAGCAAAAGAACAACCACCAAAACCCUCAUGGCCUUAAAAUAGCAAUUAACAUAAUGCCAAUGUCAAGAUCUAAGCAGAAAAAAAUACAACUCUAGUAAUCUAAGCAAUCAGUACACUAUAUUUACAAGUGCAGGUAAAAUAGCUCAGUCAGAGCUUGAGACACAAUAUCAGGGUUGUGGGUUCAAGCACCACGUUGGGUGGUGAAAAGAUUCCUGCAUUGCAGGAGGUUGGACUACGUGAUUCUCAUGGUCCCUUCCAACUUUGAUUCUAAGAAAAGAUAUACCUAGGCCAACAGACAAUGGACAAACUGAUGUUAUCCUACUCCCAAAGAAUCCACGACUACCACCUACGCUCCUCAAAAGAUCAACCUCCCAGUCUAAUCUGAAAUAAAAGAUGAAAAGAGAGAGUCUUCGGAGGAAGACACUGCCCUAGCACCAUGAGUCAUACCUUGGCUUUUGCAGAUAAGAGAUGAAAGAAAAAGGAAGUGACUCUCAUCCUGCACUCUCUUCUUCUCAACGAUGGGGAGGCAAAAGUUAGUUUGACAAAACCCCAGAACCCUCAGAGCACAGCCACGCUCAUAAAAAAAAAAAAAAGAGGUAAGAGGCUGGAAUAGGGCUGGUGCUUGCAGCUUCCCCCAAGGGACAAUUGAAUGUGUGAACCUCAGCAGAAGUGCCCCAUCCCCAUCAAAUGCAGAAGUGGUUACAAGCAGCCAGAUGGAACUACUUUACUGGGUGGGUGGAGUUCCUUCUUCAAGGCAUCCAGGUCUCUUUAGGUGUGUCUGCUGAGUGCCUUCAGCAGCAAAAAAAAUUCUGGUACCAGGGCAGGGUCUAUCAAUAGGAAGGUUCCCCCACCCCGCAGCGCCCAGCUGUUCUGACUUAUGACACUGGGCUGCUGCUGUGCUCCCUUUAAACCCUGAUGAGUGGUUCUUAAGGGGCAGUUUUGCAGAUGAAUCGCAUCCAUCACAAAUUCCAGAAGAGCCACAUAUUGGGGCCUGUUAUUAAGCCUGAUCACAUACUGUUUCACCCAGUGUUAAGUUACCAGUCCGUUCUGUCCUACAGAAUAAAUUAACUUGCAGUAUGAAUCUUGUAGUAACUUGUAGUAUGAAUCUCCCCUUAGUUAAUCUGGGUAGACUCCCAGUCAGCAGUAUGCAGGCAAAGUUCUCACUUCCUCAUCAUACAAAAGGGAGAUGAAGGACACAUUGGACCAGGUAUUCCCUCUGCCAUUUGUCACACAUUUUGAGAUGCUGUUGAUUGUUCUAACAUCUCCCAGUUAUAAUGGCAUUAAAAUGGUAUUGUUAUGACUUUGGAUCAUAUAUGAAUGGCAGGGUUUAGCACAAAACCAUAAUUCAAAGUUGGCUAAUGGCUUUUUCCAAGCAAAACUGGAUCGGUUUAAUGUGAUUGGUUCCUUCUUGCACUGCCUUGUACAUUUGUGAUUGAAUAGUCCCGACUGGGUCAGGCCAGAGGCCUGUCUAGACCAGCAUCUUUCCCCCUUAGUAUCCAGUCAAAUGCCUAUGGGAAGUCCACAAGGCCUUGAUAGCCUAAUCAUAUUUUAAAGUCCAUUGCGACAUCUUGUGGCAGUGAAUUUCAUAAAUUAAUUAAUUCCUUUGUAAAAUUCUCUCCUUUCGUAUGUCUUGCAUUUCCUUCCCAUUGGAUGUCUCUGAGUUUUCUAGUAUAAUGAGAGGCAUAUGAAUUUGACAACAUACAUUUUACAGCCAUGCUCACAUAAUGAGAUACAGCUGUUUCAGAAUGUUAACAGUAAUUUAUUUAUUUUUGGCACAAAGAGAGAGUAGCCACUUUCCCAAUGUUUCCUAAAUGAACUUUCAAUUUAGGAUCUUGUGUGCCAAUAUCUAAGUGGUUUGAGUUUCCAGGGGUUUCAGGUUUGAGGCACAGCGGAGACUGUGGUGUCUUUAUCAUAUAUGGUUUAUUUAAAGAUGCACACACACACAACCUGAGCCUAUGAUGGAGGGGUUCACAGUAUUAACACCACCAAAAGGGUCUUAUUUCUUCCAUAGCCACAACCUUUGAUUCAAACAGAAACCAAACAUUGCUCUCGAACUCUGCUCUCACUCUCUCUAGCUUGCUGCUUUCCUUCUAGGUCACAUCACUUCCAAACCCUCUUUCUAACUAACCAUUAGCUGGGAAGGUGAUCCCACCCAUCUGCCGUCUCACACAGAGACUCCUUCCUUUGUUGAGGGAAUGGCCCAUCUCCUAGGCCAUCGCCACAGGAAACUAGCCUGGCUUAUAUUUUAACACUUGCUGGAUCCAGGAGUUAGAAGGGUCUUUGCAUAAAGUCUACAUCCUCCCCCACCCACUCAAAACCAUACAAAGGCUCAGUUGUCAGCAGCAAAGAGAAUGGGAAUUCGUGAUGAAAGCCAUUCACACAUUUUCAAAAAAAUUAUGUUAUCCAAACAGGCAAUGUUUGCUAAUGAAUAAAAUUGUAAGGCCAGGGGUAUGUUGUGCUAUCCAAGCAUGCUAAUGAAAAACCAGGCUUGUUGUUUGGAUCUCUGGCACAGCCAAGUGCUGAUGAGGCUGUAUACAGCAGAGGAUAAACAUAUUCAGCCUCACUUGUGAAGAUCUCAAAGACCCGCCUGCAAAACUAGUCCAAGUGGGUUAAGACCAAAGCUCUCCUAAGAUCUGCUGCUGGCUCUAAUCUCCACUUGAAUAAUAAAUCUUGUAUUUCAUUCUAUCCCUUUGAAAAUCUGAAGAAAUAUUCUUAAGCAGGCAGCAAAAAGCCUGGGGCAAUGUUUUCUCUCCUCCCCACCCUCUGUUGUAUUUCAGAGGUAUUCGCUGGGUAGAAAAAGACAAGAGUAAGCAUUCUUUGUAAUGUUUUACAAAACAAACCAGCUGUCUGGCCAGGAUUGAAGAAGGGUGUUUGUUAACAUUUCCAGCCUUUGGACUUCAUCAAAAGUGUGUUUCUUUGGAUGAAGUUUGAUCUGAAGCUAUUCUUCUAUGGAAAGACCUACUGCUUUGGGAGCAGGGCAGGUGGGGGCGGGGGCGGGGAAGACGCAGCACAAUUUCAUGUGCUCAAAGAACCUAUUCAGAACACUCUACCUCCUUGAUUCCAGCUUGGCAUAAAUACUUGCCAGUUCCAGGGACUCCAUAUAUACUUGCUUGGCAUGGUAGAUGUCACCUUGUGGCUUGCUAAAUGCAAGGAGGUUCUUUCAAUGAGAUUCAGAAGCAAUACAAACACAAGGGAGUGAGAAGAUUAAAGAUCUUAUUCUAAACAGCAAGCAUUAUAUACACUACCAAGCAAUGACUUUGAUCUGCCACUGGGAAGCCUUCAAGAAGUGGCAAAGUGACUAGGUAGCCUUCGUUUGCACGACCCACUGGCCAUCAGUUCAUGCAUGAGCUUCUCAGAACUAUGCCCAAGACGCAUCUGAUUUAUAGAUAGCUAACUUGUUAGCCUGUGUGCCUUGCUCUGCUAGCUAGUGCAGAUUAUUAUUUCGCUAGUCCCCUCUUCCAAUACUGCACAUUCCUCCAAACAAUGUCUACCAUCAAAGAAGGUCAGAAGGUACCCUGCAUUAUCACUUCUUUCCAACAAAUUAAAGGCUGUUCUCAGCCAUCAAAGAACAGAACAAGAGAUAGAGGGGAAGUAAACAGAGGCAGGAAGAGAUAACCAUGCUAGAUCACUAGCUCCUCGAAAUUACAAUUAUCUUCUACAAAAGAUUGCCCAUACACCUUGCCAACCUAUGCCCACCUACCAUAUCCUUUUUACAGGCAUGGACCUCGUUGGGGUUAGAAUUUGGCAGUUUCUAGCCUGUAACCUAAGGGGUGUUCACUCUUUACACUUUCACGUCAGGAAAUUUAUGCCACAAUAAAUCUGUUAAGUCCUCAACAUGCCACAAGGCUUUUGGCUACCCCCUUCUUCUUCUUCUUUUUUAAUGCAACAGACCAACCUAGCUAACCCCUCUGAUAGAAACUGCAUUUGAUUCAGACAAUGUUCCUGCAGCUCACAUACCCAAUGGAAGGAAGGAUCCGUCUACAAUGUGAUCCCUCUGGGUUGCAGCGUCAAGCCUGCAAGUGCUUGUCGGCACCAUUUUCUGGAUGUUGCUGCGGGAGUAUUUCAAGCAUGGAUGUCCUUGUGGCCAUGGCAAAUCAGCUUAUCCCGCCACCACCAUUUUUUAAACUCUUGCCCUUCUACUAAAUGGCUCUGUUCCCCGUCCCAUUUUACCUACAUUACCCUCACCCGACAUGUUGCUCUAACAUUACAUUAGCCUCAUAACUCAAGAGUGUGACUUGCUCCACAUCACACAAAUAAGUUUGUCACUGAGCUUGAACCCAAGCCUCAUCAGUCCAGAUCCAAUACACUAUCAACUAUACCAUUCGGAUCUAAGCAAUGCCCUAGUUUUAUGCCCACAAUCUUAUCGUAUACAACUCUUAACCCAACAGCAAACAAAGGAAGUGGCAACUGGCUGUGUGGAGGUUUUGCACAACCAUCCUUGGGUUGUAUGGAAAAAAGCUGUGCGAAUCACAUCUCGGUAGACUCCAUUACUGAUCUCUUUCUCUCAUGCUGGAACAAUCUUGAAAACGAUUCCCUUUUGGAUGUUUUGAGUUUCCCUUCCAGUAAAAACCUUGAUAUAGCUUUUAAAUAUAAAAGGAGACGGUUCAUUAUGGGGAUUCCUUCACUUCCCAGAUAUCCAGCUUGCUUUGCAGUGGUGAAAUUCAUUAUUGUUUCUCUCCAGCUGCCAUAUCUCCUCUUGGACAGAACUCCCAUUCCUUGAGUGCUCCGAUGCACAGCAUAGCACAGUGAUAUUAGAAGCUGGGCUUGCCAAACUUUCCCUUAGUAAGCAGCUAUUUAAAAGAUAGGAAUCUGAUACCGGACAGAAUUUGGCUGUCUUUUAACUCUCCCCCCCCCACCUCCCUGCUUUUAAUCUGACUUCUACCAAUUCCUGUUCUACACCUAGGGCAGGGGUAGGCAACCUAAGGCCCGUUGGCUGGAUGCGGCCCAAUCCAGCCUACAGACGGUCCGGGAAUCAGCAUGUUUUUACAUGAGUAGAAUGUGUGCUUUUAUUUAAAAUGCAUCUCUGGGUUAUUUGUGGGGCAUAGGAAUUCGUUCAAUUUUUUCCCCAAAAUAUAGUCCGGCCUCCCCACAAGGUCUGAGGGACAGUGGGCCGGCCCAUGGUUGAAAAAGGUUGCUGAUCCCUAACCUAGGGCAUUAUUCAACACAAGUCUUAAGCAAACUUCAUUGAUUUCAGUUGACUUAGGUUGCAGUCCUAUAACACAUUUAUUAGGCAAUAAGUCCCAUUAAGUAAACGGUGGGCCUUAUUGACUAACACAACUAACAACUCGGCCUUAGGCAUUCCUAUUCAGAAGAAAGCCCUACUGGGCACAAAGGGAAUUCCUCCUAUGCAAAUGUAUCUAGGGUUACCAUAUAAGAAGGUACUGAGGAGAGGGGCAUUUUGGGGGGGACUGCCCUGCCACUUUCACUCCCCCUCCCCCCAACCCCCCCCCCCACAAAAUGUCCCUUAAACCAAGUUCCCCAAACGUCAACUUCAAUCCUGCUCUUACAAGCUAAUUUCCUGGAACUUGCUUUAGGGUAUUUUUUAAUGUGGCAGUACCUUAUAAGGGCUGGCUUGUAAGAGAUGUGCUUAGCUUCCAUUGUUUAUUAUGAAGCAGCAAAUAGCUCCUAUUAAAUCCACUGAUUUCAGUGGGUCUGCUUUGAGUAUGACAAAAUUUGAAAGCAGCCCUGUGGUCCUAAAGUUGGCGGGUUUCACUUCACACCCAUUACCAAAGCAGCUGUUAUUUACGGCAUUUUAAUGAGACCGUAGAGAGAGUCGCACGUUUCCAUUUCCUUUGUCAGGUCUAGUUUGACCCAGAGGUGGCCUGCUUGUUGAUGUAAAAUGUCAGACAUAGUAAUGCAGUCGUAGGUGUUUGCUUGUGAGUCAGGAUCGUCACUGAGGGAUGAGCAAUACAUUAUCACUCAGAGGAUAAUGUGCUGUUAGUAACAGACUGACAAAAAGAAGUAGUUUUUAAACAGCACACAUCUUUUGAAACUGGCAAACAUCUGUGUAUAAUACAUAAACUUGUCUGUCUUCCUGUAUGACUUGAUAUUCUAAAUUUUGAAAGGAGGCUGGACUUUGGGGGAUAAUAUUGUUUAUAGAACGUUCCUCUUCAACCAGGCCUUUUGACUGGUUAAUAUUCUACAACCUUUUAAAUGUCUUUGAGGUGGUGGUGCAUUUAUUGUUUUGUUGUUUUUGUUUUAAGUUUUUAGUUGUGUUUUUACCUUGUAUUUUAUCACAUAAACUGCCCUGAGAAACAUCACUGUUAUAAAAAUGUUGUAUAUAACGACAAGGCAUUUACUUUAAAAAGCAAUAGUAUGUUUUUACUUACACUGAUCAUCAGCUCUAUAAAGGAUUUUAUUAGAACGACUUUUUAUCUCUCUAAUGAUCAGCCUAUCACUAAAUUUGAUCAAGACUGCUGACUAUGUUUUACCACAGCAGGUUUAAACAUCCUGUUCUAACUAAUAUAAACAAAGUUAGGUUUUCAGCUGGUAAUUUUAGACAGAGAUGUGAGUAUCAGGAAGGGACCCUGAAUCUCUGAAUACCAAUGCAUGCACCGACAAACUAUGGUUGGUUGGAAAUGGAAAUGAAGGCUUCUGAUUGCCUUCUCCUAGUGAUGCUGGAGGAGGAGUAUACAAGCCAGAGACUCACAUGAUGCUAACAUUGGGCUCUCAAAUUUCAGCAGCACCCUGUGCAACACUAAAAUCCUCCCCCCAUUGCUGCCUCUUGCACUCUGUUCUAGAGCAUUAUUUUGGUGCCCCCUGCAAAACUAUGCCCAGUGCAGCCAUACCAGUUGUGCUACCCUCAAACUACCUCUGCAUUUAACCAUAAAAAGGUAAAGGUAAAGGGACCCCUGACCAUUAGGUCCAGUUGUGGCCGACUCUGGGGUUGCGGCACUCAUCUUGCUUUAUUGGCCGAGGGAGCCGGCGUACAGCUUCUGAGUCAUGUGGCCAGCGUGACUAAGCUGCUUCUGGCGAGCCAGAGCAGCACACGGAAACGCCGUUUACCUUCCCACUGGAGCGGUACCUAUUUAUCUACUUGCACUUUGACGUGCUUUUGAACUGCUAGGUUGGCAGGAGCAGGGACCAAGCAACGGGAGCUCACUCCAUCGCGGGGAUUCGAACCGCCAACCUUCUGAUCGGCAAGUCCUAGGCUCUGUGGUUUAACCCACAGUGCCACCCGCGUCCCUUCUGCAUUUAACCAUACUUAGCAUUAUAUCUGAACCAGCAGGGUAGGGUUGCCAUGUUUCAAACAGUGAAAAUCCGGACAGCUUUUUCGGUGGGGGGGGGGGUGAUUUCUGCCUGGACACUGCUGCCAAAUGUAGUGUUCAGGAUAUGUCCAAGAAAUUCCGGAUAUAUGGCAACCCUACACCAGGGUCUUGGCUUAGAAAAAGCUAUAUAAGGAUUGCUCAGGUUACUUUGUUCGGCCCUAACAGAACACCAUGUUACUAUCAUUUUUACAGAUAGGGGCGUCUAAGCAAUGUGAUGCUACUAGGGCUAGAAAUGCUGUUAAACAAAUCCAUGAAUAAGUGACAUUUAUUAAAACCUGAACAGUAUUCAGUGGCCAGAUGUAAUGCCUGAAGCUAGAUAACUCUUGGAGCAGUGUUUUUUCUUCUUCUUCUUCUUUUCUGUAUUGAAAGAUUAAUCUUUCAGAGGUAAAAUGAUUCCUCAGUGCAUUUCUUUGCUAGCGAGGAGCCUAUAAAACAAGCAGUGCAUUGUCAAGGUCUAAACUCUCUAGCAAGCCGUUUUGGAAUUCCCUCACCCUUCCUUAUCUGUCUAGCUUGCAUCCUUUUGGGAUAUGCAGAAAUGGUGCUUGAAAAUGUACCUGCAGUUUUGGACGAGAGUUUAGGGACCAGGCCAGUGUCGUUCACCGGACUGUUUCCAAAUGACCAGGUAUUUUUAAAUAACCGAGAAGAUGCAUGGAAAUUAAGCCCUGUACAGACAUAUGGCAAGUCACAUCAUGAAGUUGGAUGACUACAGCUGCCAAUUAAUUGGAUAGCUCCCGUUCUGCCCUUGUGCCUGGUACUGCAGCCAGUGCUUCCUGAUGUUCAGUUAGAAACUUUGUGGUCUAAUCACAGCUCAUGUGAAGGGGUUUGUGUGUGCAGACAAAAUGGUUGUGAAUACCUUGAAGUCAUAAGCCAAGAUAUAAUCAUACGAAUGCAGCCUCUCUUGGGCAAGAAGAAACCAAAAAAGACCUUUUGAAAGUUUUACUGAGGGUUGGAAAGGAAGUUUUCCUUUUGGAUCAUGCAGACAAGUUCUUACAACGUAUAAAUUAAGGAGAAGUUCGCUACAUAUUUAUCAUUCUUUUUUAAAAAACAAACCCCACAACAUUUGUUUGGAAGGUUUGAUUUAAAUCGCCACACAAAGGGGGUCAUUUGAGCAAUUUCUUUAAAUCAAGUUUCCAACUUUGAACCUGCAGCAGGACAUCAUUUGAAUGCUAAGUAUUAUUGUAAUGUGACGCUUCUAGGGGACUUUUUUAUGCCUCUGGAUUCAUUGUUGUUCUUUUUUAAAAAAUGCUGUGAAGUGCAACUGUUGCUUCUUUAUCUUCCAGGUUAUCCCAGGAGUUGAGCGCAAGUACUCCCUGAAGUUUGCUACAAAAGAUGCUAAGUCUGGGGUAAGUUUGCACAAUAAAAUGGAACUUUGUAUCACAUGUGGUACUUCCCAGACAUGUUUUUGCUGAGUCUUCCUUUGAUUAAUCACUGGCUCCUGCCCAAGUCACUUCUCUUAUCCACAGCGAAAGCAACAAACCUGCCUCGGCUUCUUGGUGCUUGACCUAUUUGCAAGCAAAGGUCUGCGCAACCCUUGGCUAUAAUGGAUUCCCUUUUCCCUUCUCGACACCUGCUGAAAAUUGUUCUGUAUAAGCAGGCCUAUCUAGACAUAUGACUUGGUUGCAGCUGUUUUUAAAUAUGUUUAACACGUUUCAUUGAGUUUAUUUGUUGUUUGGAUGUUUUUAAUUUAAUUUUGGUUGUAUUUCUAUCGCAGAGGUUUGUUUUUGGGGAAGGACAGGAUAUAAAUGUUAAUUCAGAUGCAGGAACCCACCCACCCCCACAUCCCCUCUGCCCUGCUUCAUGCAGGUGUAUGCCAUAGCUGUCAACGUUUCCCUUUUUUUAAGGGAAAUUCCCUUAUUCCAAAUAGGAUUCCUCGCAAGAAAAGGGAAAAGUUGACAGCUAUGGUGUAUGCUGUUCUUAAGCUAAGGGAACCCAUUGUCUAUCACUAUUGUUUUUGUCAUGGUGCUGGCAUUGAAAGUCCAAACAUUUUUUAUAUUGUUUGGUGCAUUUUAUGUUUUUUACCUUUAUUGUAUAUUACUUUUGCAUUGAUAUGUAUUAAGUUCACCACGGGGGGGGUGGGGGGGCUUAAAACAUGGCAUAUAAAUAAAUCAGGCCAACACUGGUGCUUGUUCUAGAAGAAUUCGUUUGCUGCCCUGUGGUGCUGGAGGAUAUGUGUAGGUCUUCCAACUAGUCAUAGCUCAACACCACCUUCCUAGUAGUACAUAGCACACACUCCCUGGGUGGUUCAACUGAUUCCUCCCCACCCCCCACCCCAAUACUUCUACCCAAGCACAGACUGCCUGGUGCUUCUUCACAACACCACACCUCCUGCAUCUUCCUCCCACAUUCUGCAAAGAGGCAAGACUCCAUCUCUUGUCCCAGAUUUGGGGGGGGGGGUGUCACGUGCCUGCAAUUCAGCAAGUGCAACUUCUCUGGUCAUGUCUGGAUUUAAGAAAGGCAGCACCCCAGAUUUGUGAUGUCCUUAAAAGUGCACAUGGCAGAAAGUGAGAAGGAAUUAAAGAAGCUUUUAAUGAGGGUGAAAGAGGAGAGUGCAAAAUAUGGUCUGAAGCUCAACAUCAAAAAACCUAAGAUCAUGGCCACUGGGCCCAUCACCUCCUGGCAAUAGAAGGGGAAGAAAUGGAGGCAUUGAGAGAUUUUACUUUCUUGGGCUCCAUGAUCACUGCAGAUGGUGACAGCAGUCACGAAAUUAAAAGACGCCUGCUUCUUGGGAGAAAAGCAAUGACAAACCUAGACAGCAUCUUAAAAAGCAGAGACAUCACCUUGCCGACAAAGGUCCGUAUAGUUAAAGCUAUGGUUUUCCCAGUAGUGAUGUAUGGAAGUGAGAGCUGGACCAUAAAGAAGGCUGAUUGCCGAAGAAUUGAUGCUUUUGAAUUAUGGUGCUGGAGGAGACUCUUGAGAGUCUCAUGGACUGCAAGAAGAUCAAACCUACCCAUUCUGAAGGAAAUCAGCCCUGAGUGCUCACCGGAAGGACAGAUCCUGAAGCUGAGGCGCCAAUACUUUGGCCACCUCAUGAGAAGAGAAGACUCCCUGGAAAAGACCCUGAUGCUGGGAAAGAUGGAGGGCACAAGGAGAAGGGGACGACAGAGGACGAGAUGGUUGGACAGUGUUCUCGAAGCUACCAGCAUGAGUUUGACCAAACUGCGGGAGGCAGUGGAAGACAGGAGUGCCUGGCGUGCUCUGAUUCAUGGGGUCACGAAGAGUCGGACAUGAAUAAACAACUAAACAACAAAUAAAAGCACACAUGAAGCUGCCCAAUACCAUUGGUUCAUCUAACUUAACAUUGUCUACAAUCCUUUCACUCCAAGGGCCCACCCUUAGUCUACACAUGCAGUUUGGGAUAAAAUUGUAAGGUUGGAGGGGACCUCAAGGGUCAUAUCUAGUGCCGUGCAGGAAUCACAGAUGGCCAGCCAACCGCUGCUUAAAAACCUCCAAGGAAGGAGAGUCCAGAACCUCCCAAGGGGGUCUUUCCACUGUCAAACAGCUCUUACCACCAGGAAGGUCUUCCUAAUUAGUCGGGAUCUCCUUUCUUGUAAUUUGAAUCCAUUGGUUCAGGUCUGGAGCAGCAGAAAACAAGCUUGCUUUAUCAUCCAUGUAAUAGAUAGUUGAAGGUUGCUCUCGGUCUUCUCUUUGCCAGGCUAAACACACCCAAUUCCCUCAACUGUUCCUCAUAAGACUUGGUCCUCCUCCUCUGAACAUGUUCCAGCUUAACAAUAUCCUUCUUAAUACACUUCUCUUUUUAACCAUAUACAGUGGUACCUCGGGUUACAGACGCUUCAGGUUACAUACGCUUCAGGUUACAGACUCCACUAACCCAGAUAUAUUACCUGAGGUUAAGAACUUUGCUUCAGCAUGAGAACAGAAAUCAUGCUCUGGCAGCACAGUGGCAGGAGGCCCCAUUAGCUAAAGUGGUGCUUGAGGUUAAAAACAGUUUCAGGUUAAGAACGGACCUCCGGAACGAAUUAAGUACUUAACCCGAGGUACCACUGUAUUUGUAUGGUAGGUGUGCUGCUGUUGUGACCCAUUUGAAGAUCAGUAGUCCACACUGACUGGUCAUGGUUCUCUAGGAUUGCAAGCUUAAAUUAAAUAAAGUGAUUGUUUCACAUGUGCUUUUGAGGGAGAGAAGCCCUUAGACUAGGGGUCCCGAUUGACAUUCUGGCAUGUGGAAGAUGGGUUAAUAUGUCCCCCCGCUUACUGUUUUCUGACCCAGCACACACACCCAGCCUACUUUUUGCCUCCAGAAAUUAUUUGCUUGCGCAGCACUUAUUCUCAGAAUGUGCUUCUUGGACUCACUAGUGGGUUCUCUGGACCGGGCAUGUGGUAAUGUAAAAGCCUUUCAAUUGGAAGUAAAUAGCAUAAUUUUGUCUUUUGGUUUUUUCCCCUCAGCAAAAUCUAGGCUCAUGCCUUGCAACUGUUCGGUACCAGAGAGAAAUGCCUAAACCGAAGGUUGAUAUUGUGUGCCCACACAGCAAAGACCCAGAGGGCCUAGGCCAUGUUCCGCAGAAUAUGCUACAGGACGUCGCCUUGUUCCACAGCAUCAGAGGUAUAUCUCUUGCAAAUGAUCUCUCUGGUGUCUCUCAUUCCAGUUAGCAAAAUUAAUCAAUGUUGCAUGAACCUGGACUGAUAAGAGAUGCCAGGAAAACUAGUGGUGAAUGCCGUGAUCUUGCACUGGUUACAGCUGCCUGUGGUUUGCAAGUCCAGUAACACGAAGGUUUUCUUCUUUAGUAAUCAGUAGCUAUUUCCCCUUUCUUUUCCUGACUGUGGGAGAAGGCAGAAGGGUAGCCAAGUUGCUGAGGCUUAAUCCUUUUGAGUUCCCAAUGAAUAAGGAACUCGGUUCCUCUAUGUGAUUUGCACACAAAGACGAACCAUUUCCUUCCUUUCAGCCCAGCGCAGUGCUUGGCCAAAGCGUCUUUGUGGGCGGAAAAGCAGGAUGUUAAGAGCAGUCGCAGCAGGUCCUUCACCUCUGGCAUUCCCUCAGGUUCACAGCUUGCAUGACAGACAAGCAUAUUGGCAAGAUGAUUAUGAGUCCGUGAAGCAGUCUGUCUCUUUCUUUCCUUUCUAAGUAGCACAUAUAUGUUCAUUUGUAUAAAAGUUCAUCCUUCGCCUCUCCCACACUCAAAGCGUUUUUAAAGGGGGGGGGACUGUUGCAAAUCAGCUCCUGACAUUUGGGAAAAGGCAUGGUGGGGGAUAAAUGUUUUAGCAGAAUUCAAGAACUCUGGAAGUCGCCACAUAACACUGGUCUUGAAAGACCUACAUUGGCUCCCAGUACGUUUCUGAGCACAAUUCAAAGUGUUGGUGUUGACCUUUAAAGCCCUAAACGGCCUCGGUCCAGUAUACCUGAAGGAGCGUCUCCACCCCCAUCACUCAGCCCGGACACUGAGGUCCAGCGCCAAGGGCCUUCUGGUGGUUCCCUCGCUGCAAGAAACCAAGUUACAGGAACCAGGCAGAGGGCCUUCUCGGUAGUGGCACCCGCCCUGUGGAACGCCCUUCCAUCAGAUGUCAAAGAGAUAAACAACUACCUAACAUUUAGAAGACAUCUGAAGGCAGCCCUGUUUAGGGAAAUUUUUAAUGUUUAAUAGACUAUUGUAUUUUAAUAUUUUGUUGGAAGCCGCCCAGAGUGGCUGGGGAAACCCAGCCAGAUGGGUGGGGUACAAAUAAAAUUAUUAUUAUUAUUAUUAUUAUUAUUAUUAUUAUUAUUAUUUAGAGGUCCAGCUAGCUCAGCAUUGUCUAUAUUGGCUAGCAGCCGCUUCCCAGGAUUUUCAGACAAGGAUGUAUCCCAUCCUGGAUAUGCCAGGAAUUGAAACGGGUAUCUUCUCAAUGCAAAGACGAUGCUCUGCCACUGAGCGAUAGUGGUCAAAUUGGUGCUUUCUGCAGUCAGCUUCCCCCCACUGAAGCCAAAGUGAGGCAAAAACUCGCAUAAUCUGUUUUUCCAAAGUUCACCCGAGAUAAAUGGAUUUUUGUUUUCCAAGAAAUGGAAGCACAAUCAGGCCAGCUCUGCCAUUCUUAACAUUGGCAACUAUUCUCACCCUAGUUCUUAAAAGUCCCAUGGGGGGGAGGGGAGCUUGCAACAUAUGCAACUAGGCCUUGAGCAUCCAGGAAAGCCUCAGUCUGCUUGUCAUGAAAGAAUCUCAUUAUCCUGUUUCCUUAAAACACACACACAAACCCCCCACUACUUUUCUGUCUGCAGAUGGCAAAAAGCCCUCUCAGGAUCUUCUGCAGAAUUUGGCCACCAUUGGAAACAGUUACAUCUCAUGGGAGAAAUCAUCUGAACGCAGAAGUUACACCGUGACACAAGUGACGAAUUUGAAGCCGUGGGUAGGUGAAAUUCUACGCCUGCACAAGGGGAAAACGGGCCUUGUGCAGCAGAUUUUGCAGGCCUCAGCAGCAGUGGGGGCAAAGCUCAUUCUGCCCUCAGACAACCUUCCAUCUGUCUGCCUCCUUAGUUACAGCCAGUCUAAGGGGUGCGGCACCUGUCAGCUUCCUUAGUCUUGGUGUUACCUUUGUAUGGAGGAGGGUGUGUGUGUGUGUGUGUGUGUGUGUGUGUGUGUGUGUGAUGGACUGGUUGGACGCAGUUGAGUGGUGCUUACUCCCUGGUAAGUAUGUUUUAAGCUUCAAAUCAGUAGGGCUUUUCUUUUUUAAAAAAAAGUGUGAUUCACUUUUCUUUGCCAUCAAAUGCAAACAACACAAAUGCGAUGCUAUCAAGAACCGUAUUUUUCGCUCUAUAAGACGCACCAGACCAUAAGACGCACCAAGCUUUUGGAGGAGGAAAACAAGAAAAAAAAUAUUCUGAAUCCCAGAAGCCAGAACAGCAAGAGGGAUCUGACUUCUGGGAUAGCCUCUUGCUGUUCUGGCUUAUGGGAUAGCCGCACGCAGCCUCUCCCGGGCAGCGGGAGGAAGGCUCCCCCAAGAAGGGCAGCCCUUCUCCCUCCUCGGGGAAAAGCCCCCAAGAGCCGCACACACGCUCCCCGCGGCUCUUUAAAGGGAGCGCUGAGCAGAGCCUCCCACCUGCAUUCGCUCCAUAAGACGCACACACAUUUCCCCUUACUUUUUAGGAGGGGAAAAGUGCACCUUAUAGAGCGAAAAAUACGGUAAGUUCCAAGAUCGGGCACAGCCUUAGUGCAAUAAGCAAUGAUAAACAACAGUAGCUUCAAGCUAGUUGCAAAAGCAGUGGAGGGGUGUGUGGAUGUCCUAAGGAAGCUUUGUUGUGUAUACCAGAAAUGCUAUGGUACUUCUUGACUGCACUUGGAAUAAAAACAGGUAGUUUUUGCUGAUGCAACAUGAAACACAAAAUUGCAUAGAGCCACCCCCACCAUCCCUGGAUCAAAUAACAGUUUCUUUCAUAUUUCACUGAAUGCAAAUCACUGCAUUUUUAAAGUGGAAUUUUUGAUUGACCAUCUUCUUUCUAACUUAGUUUCCUGCCCAGGUAAGAAAGUACAUCACUUUCUUUGAAGUUGACUACACCGCUCAGCUGACAAGUGAUUCCUCAGAGGUAAGAAUACUACAAUACAUAUGCUUGCUUCUCACUCAUGUAAUAAGUGUGAUUGUGCAGCAAUAAUCUACUUUGAAAACUAGCAUAGUAAGUGGCUAAGAAACUGAGCUGAAAUUAGGCUGCAUCAGCCAUGAAUUCACUAUGUGGCCUGUCAAGUCGUUCUCUCUCUCUCAGGCUCAGUAACCCACCGACUAACAGAAUAAAAAGCUUCAGUAUCCUAUGUGUUUAUUCAGCAGUCCCCCUAAAUUCAGUAGGGUUUGCUCCCUAGUAAGCGGGCUUAUUUAUCUACUUGGAAGCAAGUCUUAUUUGUGUUCAAUGGGACUGUGUCUAUGAUCAUCUUAAGCGGCAACCCUGUACCCUUUCACUUGGGAGUAAUCUCCACUAAACUUAACGGGACUUAUAAGUGGCAGGCUUGGUGGGGAUGUGGGAGAGGGCCUUCUCAGUGGCUGCUCCCAGAUUUUGGGACUUCUGCUUAAAAGAAGCUAGUCCUUCCACUGGCAGGUGAAGACUUUUAUUGUGCCAACAGGCUUUGAAGAAUUGGCUGUUUUAUUCAAAGGGUUUGUGCUUUUAUUCAAAGGGUUUGUGCUGUGAAAUGUUUACGGCCCAUUAUUUGUAUGCUUGAAUAGUUAGUUUUAAUUCCAUUACUAUUCAAUUGCUUUUUAAUUACUGGGGUUUUUUUUUCUAUUUUGUCUGUCGGGGGGGGGGGGGAGGUGGGAUCUAAGUAAAUAAAUGAAUAUAAGACUUCAGAGUAUUUAAGUGUAGAAUUGGGCAUUCAAGCACUCAACAGUGCUACAUAAAUACUGAUUACUUUUGCAUGUUUCUCUAGAACUUUUCCUGCCACGUCCGUGUUGCCUGGAGACCUGGCUUGACGGCACGAGUGAAAUAUGACUGCUCUUCAGAGGACGACUCUUCAGAAUCUGCAGAUGGUUCUGGGGUGGAAGAGGGAUCUGCUAAUGGGGUCAUACUUAAAUAUGAUGAAAGUAAUUUUUAAGUAGGAAGAACGCCUGCAUUAUAAAGCUGUAAACAUUUUUUUGCAAAGGUGUAGAUGACCUUCCAUUAAUAUUCCAAAACCACUGUUGUGAUUCUUCUAUAUAAAUUGUUACCGCAUAUUUCAAAGCUUUGCACUAGUCACUUCUGAGCUACCAUAAAUAUCCUCUUUUCUUUGUAAUUUCUGAAAAGAAAAAAAAUAUUUUUGCUAAACUUCUGAAAACUUUUUUUAAAAGAAAAGAAUAUAUGUAAAAACUACUGAUUUGUCACCAAGUUUCGGGUAGGAGGUAACUUUGUAUGAGACAAAUUUAAUAUAUAAACAAAUGUCUUUUAAGUUUCUUAAAACUGCCAUUUUAAAUAAAUAUUUGAUAAAAUAUUUUAAGUUUUGAAAAUAAAACAGUUGAUGCUAACUUUUAACAUCUCCAAUAAAAUGAAUACCGGUA